CCAGUUCCCACUCCUGUCACAUUAGCUGGCACUUCUGUCAAAGCAGUUAUAGCCACUAUGGAAGCCAUCUCUUCAAACCAUCCUCCCUCUCCUUUCAAACCAAUUCCCUCUCUUGUCACACCAGUUCCUGCUCCUGUUCCACCAGUUCCCGCUCCUGUCGCACCUGUUCCUGCUCCUGUUGCACCAGUUAUCCUUCCUGUUACACCAGUCAUCUCCUCUGCCAAACCAGUUCCUGUCCCUGUAACACCAGUUCCUGCUCCUGUCACACCAGUCACCACUCUUGUCACACCAGUUCCCGCUGUUGUCAAGCCAACUCCCGCUCCUGUCAAACUAGUUCCCUCUGCAGUCAAACCAGUUCUCGCUCCUGUCAAACCAGUUCCAUUUCCAGUCAAACCAGUUCCCACUCUUGUCAAACCAGUCACUGUUCCUACCAAACCUGUUACCCCUCCUGUGGAACCAGCUUCCACACCUGUCAAACCAGUUAUUGCUUCUGUCACACCAGUUUCCGCUCCAGUUGCACCAGUUCCUGCUGCUGUUACACCAAUUAUCCCAUCUGUCACACCAAUUCCUGCCUCUGUAACACCAGUUUCUGCUCCUGUCGCACCAGUUCACCCUUCAGUUGCACCAGUUAUCCCAUCUGUCACGCCAGUUCCUGCCCCUGUAGUACCAGUUUCUGCUCCUGUCACACCAUUUCCCGCUCCUGUCGCACCAGUUCCUGGUCCCAUCAAACCAGAUACCUCUUCUGUGGAAGCAGGUCCCACUCCUGUCAAACCAGUUAUCCCCUCUGUCACACCAGUUUCUGCUCCUGUCACAUUAGCUAGCACUUCUUUCAAAGCAGCUCUCUCCACUAUGGAGGCUAUCUUCUCAAGCAAACUUCCCACUCCUUUCAAACCAGUUCCCUCUCUUAUCACACCAGUUCCUGCUCCUGUCACACCAGUUCCUGCUCCUGUCGCACCAGUUCCUGCUCCUGUCGCACCAGUUCCUGCUCCUGAUGUACCAGUUCCUGUUCCUGUUGCACCAGUUCCUCCUCCUGAUGCACCAGGUCCUCCUCCUGUUGCAACAGCUAGCAGUUAUGUCAAAAAAGCUGUAGCCAUUUUUGAGAACUGCUGA